AUGAGGGAGAGCAUUUCACCUGCAGCACGUCUGGAAGCAACGUUGAUGUAUCUUUCCACCGGGUGCUCCUACAGUGCCCUUCAAUACAGUACAAGAAUUUCAAAACCGAGUCUGUCUGCAAUCAUUCCAGAUACGUGCAAAGCCAUCUAUGAUGUGCUUAAGGAUCCAUACUUAAAGACACCCCAAACAGCGGAGGAGUGGAUGCGUGUAGCAGAGAGGUUUUCCAAGAAGUGGAACUUUCCUAAUUGCAUUGGAGCAGUUGACGGGAAGCACAUCCUGAUAAGGCCACCACCUGAUAGUGGCUCCUUCUACUACAACUACAAAGGAAGCCACAGCAUCGUGUUAAUGGCUGUCUCCAAUGCAGACUCAAACUUAUAUGUCAACGUGGGCCAUAAUGGACGAGUGUUGGAUGGUGGAGUUUGGGAUACCUGUUCUCUAAACCAGCAUAUUGAAGCAGGAUCUGCGGAUAUGCCAGAUGAUGAGAUACUCUCUAACAGCUCAAAAGUAUUACCAUAUGUGAUCGUUGCUGAUGAUGCAUUUCCUCUGAAGCGUCAUAUCAUGAAACCUUUCUCUCAUUGA